AUGUCCAUUAGAGUCUUGAUAAGCGACUACCCUCAUCGCUCAAUCGCUCUGGUAACCCCAUCUCAUGCUCUCAUCUUUCGAUAUAGUCCGUCAGCAAGCGAUGCAACACACAAUGGGUCGCGUACUUCAAUCCAAUCCCUCCCUCCUCGUACUUCGACAGAUGGAUCUGCGGCAUCAAGAUGCAUGGUCGAGUUCGUUCACGCCCCCUCCGCAGAUCUGAGCGAUUAUCGAACUUUACAUCCUACUCUAGUCCACGGAACCCUCGGUCUUAUAACAAUCAACAACGAUGUGUUCAUAUCCGUGGUUACGCUAUGCGAAAAGGUGGCUACGGUCAGGCCUGGGGAAACAAUUCAGAAGAUAAAGGGCGUAGACUUUUAUUGUCUGAAUAGUUCUGAUUACGAUCAUAUCUUCAGUGACAAUCUGGAUCCAUAUGCCCAGCAUGCUCAAGAUUAUACACAAAGAGAACCACUUUUGGAGCAUCCAACUUUAGCGCUCAAGAACCUCCUAAGUGAGGGUAGUUUCUACUACAGCACAGAUUUUGACCUUACGAACAGGUUGCAGGACAGAUCUACCGAAGCGGCAUUACUCGACAUAGACAACCUCGACGAAUCUUUUCUAUGGAACUCCUAUAUGAUUGAUCCUCUGGUCAAGUUUAGAUCUAGACUCGUCGCGCAUGAAAGAGAAGCUCUAGAUAGUUCGGGGUUCCUGACCUCUGCCAUACGCGGUUAUGCUGCAACAUUCGCAAUACCAUCCUCUUCUGCGCCUCUACGAACUUCCAGAGUAGGCAUGCCAUCCACUUUGACCCUCAUAUCUCGAUUGUCCUGUCGCAAAGCCGGUACGAGAUUUAACAGUAGAGGAAUCGAUGACGACGGAAAUGUUGCAAACUUUGUAGAAUCAGAAACAGUAUAUUGGAGUCCUUCUGCUGCGGGUGUAUCCGAGCCUGGGUUUCGCGAAAGCUCUGGAGGUAUAUGCUUUUCUUAUGCCCAGAUCCGAGGUUCGGUUCCUGUGUUUUGGGAGCAAGCUACCACCCUCCUGCCAGGUCAACAGAAAAUUACUGUGACACGGUCCGCGGAAGGGACGCAGCCUGCAUUUGAUAAGCAUUUUGGAGAGCUGGAACAAAAUUACGGCGCGGUCCAUAUCGUGAAUUUGCUUAGUGCAUCUAAACCGGGUGAAGCCGAAUUGACAACUGCAUACCAGAAAGGUAUCAAAUUCUCUCCUCUCAAUGAUGUUGGCGGUAAUCGAGGGCGGGAGCACCAUCUCCUGGAACAGACUGUAUUUGAUUUCCACGCAGAGACAAAAGGACCAAAAGGGUACGAAACAGCCAACUUGAUUCGUAGACACAUUGGGGCAGCAGCCGAAGGUUUUGCUUAUUACUUGUCAGAAGAAAUGGAUGAGUCGGACGAGCAUCCUCAAGAAAAGUCACACAAAAGAACCGUCGUCGUGUUGCAGCAAGAGGGUGUAUUCAGGACCAAUUGUCUUGACUGUCUGGAUAGGACCAAUCUAAUACAGACGAUCAUCUCUCGGAUGGCGGUCGAGACCUUCCUUGGCCACCGAGGCGAAAAUGCUGCUUCCGACUUUUGGUCGCGUCAUUCGAGUUUAUGGGCUGACAAUGGUGAUGCUCUGUCACGGAUUUACGCUGGAACUGGUGCACUUAAGAGCUCAUAUACUCGUAGUGGUAAGAUGUCCAUCGGAGGCGUACUCUCAGAUAUACGGAAGAGUACAGCUCGAACAUAUAUCAACACUUUUCUUGACAAAGGUCGACAGGAAAAUAUUGACAUUUUGCUUGGUAAAUUGGUUGGACAAACGCCUGUUCACCUGUUUGAUCCUAUCAAUGACUAUGUGGCGGCUGAGCUUGCCAAAAGGAGUUCUGAGUAUCAGUCUUCAGAUGAUAUCAAUAUAUGGUGUGGAACAUACAACCUGAACGGCAAGACCACUGGAAUCGAUCAGGAUUUAUCAUCAUGGCUUGCUCCACAACUCGAGAAGUCCCAACAAAACCCCGAAAUUGUGGCCGUAGGAUUUCAAGAGAUUGUUGAACUCAGCCCUCAGCAGAUAAUGAAUAGCGACCCUACACAGAAGCAAAAAUGGGAGAAAGCGGUCCGAAGAACCUUAAAUAAACAUGCUGUGGCGGGUGAAAGAUAUGUUCUACUUCGUAGCGGUCAAUUGGUCGGUGCCGCAUUGUGCAUCUUCGCGAAGUCCUCGGUACUUAAAAAUAUCAAAAACGUCGAAGGAGCUAUCAAGAAAACGGGAAUGUCUGGUAUGGCAGGAAAUAAGGGCGCGGUGGCUAUCAGACUGGAUUACGCUAAAACACACAUCUGCUUUGUCACGGCUCAUCUGGCUGCUGGUUUUGCAAAUUACGAAGAACGAAACCGGGAUUAUGUUACCAUCCACCACGGUCUCAGGUUUCAAAGAAAUCGUGGUAUCGAUGAUCAUGAUACUGUGAUUUGGAUGGGCGAUUUCAAUUACCGCAUCGGUCUUGGUGCAGACAAGGUGAAAAGUCUCAUCAAGAUGGGAGAUCUAGAGACACUGUACGAGAACGACCAGUUAAAUCUACAGAUGGUUGCAGGACUCACAUUUCCAUUCUAUUCGGAAUCAAGAAUCACAUUCGAACCGACCUACAAAUACGACCUUGGAACAGAUACUUAUGAUACUUCCGAAAAAGCACGAAUCCCAGCCUGGACUGACCGUAUUCUCCGCAAAGGUACGAAUCUUCGUCAGAUAAAUUACAACACCGCACCACUUCGUUUCUCGGACCAUCGUCCUGUUUAUGCUACCUUCCAAUGUACCGUUAGCAUCGUCGAUGAAGCCAUUAAAGAAGCUUUGAGUCACGAAAUCUACGAGAGGAAACGCUCGGAAGUUGGGCAUCCUACCAUCAAUGAUGGUGAUGAUGAUAGCGAGGAUGAGGAUCUGAUUGGGUAUGACUCUAUCGAACCAAGUCUUCCACCUGCGAGUUCAGAUCAGAGGAAAUGGUGGCUGGAUAACGGUCAACCUGCGAGAUCAGCUAUUAAGCCACCUAAAGAUGGAAUGGUACCGAAUCCGAAUCGCCCAAGUAAUCCUUUCACGCCGACAGACGAAUCAGAUUGGGUUCAGGUUCCAAGAAAUCCUACACCUCAAACACAAACAGCUCCACAACCACCCGGUCCACGACAAAACGGCAGAAAACUACCGCCUCCAUUCCAAAAGCCAGAGUCUAGCGUGAAUGAACUAGUGAGAAAUAUCUCUACUACCUCGCUAACUCAAUCCUCCCCACGUCGCCAAUCCACAGCCUCUCUAGCUACAUCCUCAUCCUCGAAGAAAGCCGCACCACCCGUAGCUAGGAAACCAUUACAUCUAACCGCCUCCCCAUCUUCACCAACACUCGAUCCAAAACCCACGUCCGUAAACGCUUUCUCUUCUCCUCGCUCAAGGCCUGAGACGGCUGCGUUCCCACCCCCACCGAGACGUAACACUGCUGGUACGGUUAGGAAGGAGGUUAAUAGUGUGCCAGCGCCGCCGCAGCCUAGAAGGCAGGGGAAGUUGGUUAAGAGAGAUAGUGGGAGGGAUGUUAGGGGAAUGGGAUAUAGAGAUGAGGAAGAGCAAAGACCAAGUUUACCACCGAGACGACCUACGGUUGAUCUUUUGGGGGGUGAUGCGGAGUUGGAGGGGUGGAAGAGUUUGACUUAG